CACAACUGAAAAGCAUCAGCAGAGAGAAACUAAGAUGAUCUCCCUGGCCGUGUUUUCUCUCGUCCUGGUUGGAGUGAGUGCUCAAAUCGUCCAACCCGGCCCCUGCCCCCCUCUGACCGUCCAACAGAACUUCGACCUUCCUGCUUCUGCCACCUACACCCUCAGCCCCAACGAAACUGUUGCCGUCAGGAAUUAUCUGUUCAAUACUCUGUCCCAAGCGCCUGAAACCAUAUUGGGAUAUGCCACGGUCGACAGCGACUCUGGUGAAGCCAAGUUGCUCGUCAGCUUCCCCUCUGUUGACUACGUCUCGCCCUACUGGGUUUUGGAAACUGACUAUACGAGGUACUCCGUUGUCUGGUCUUGUACUGAAUUCGGCACUGAAAAUCUUCAGUACGCUUGGGUUAUCACCCGUGAAAGGUUCCCUGAUGACGUGACUCUGGCUGAGAUUGAACGCGUUAUUGCUGCCAACCAGCUUGCAGAUGAGUGGGAGAUAACCCCUAAUGACAACUGCCCUGAAGAUCCUUAAAUUUGUGAUAUUUUUUCU